UGCCUAAAAAAGUCUACUACAAUGGUCAUGCUGAAAUAUAAUACUACGAUUAAUCACAUGACAGCAAUUGUUACAGAUGGUAAUACUACGAUUAAUCACAUGACAGCUGAUAACUUUGAAAAUCUUUAGUUCUCUUUACACGAUUGUUACAGACUUAUUCAAAGUUAUAGAUUUAUUCUGCUUCAUAAGUUAAAGUUAUAACUCUCACUCCAGGUGACACAGAUACACUCGAAGAAAUGUCUUCUGCUCUUCAGUUUCUAAAGAAUUUUGGUUUUCAUCCCUUAUCCCUCCCAUUCAUACUCUUCUUAAUCUUCCUCUACAAAUGGCUAAACAAAAAGCCUGCUAAAACCAGAAAACUGCCACCUUCCCCAAGAAAGUUGCCAAUCUUAGGCAACCUUCACCAGCUUGGCCAAUUCCUAAACCGCUCACUCUAUUCUUUGUCCAAGCAAUAUGGAGAAGUGAUGUUGAUUUACAUCGGCAACACUCCCUCCAUUGUCAUCUCAUCUGCAAGCGCAGCUCGUGAGGUCAUGAAGACCCAUGAUGUUAUCUUCUCCAAUAGGCCUAGAUCACGCAUUGUAAACAAGAUAAUCUAUGAUGGAAAAGACUUAGCCUUUUCACCUUAUGGGGAAUUUUGGAGGCAGAUAAGAAGCAUUUGUGUCUUGCAGCUUUUGAGUACCAAAAAAGUUCAAUCUUUCCGGAAAGUAAGAGAGGAAGAGGUCGAUCUGGUGGUCCAAAUGAUCAAGAGAUCAGAACAUUGCCCAGUGAACUUAAGUGAGACUUUCGUGAUGUUCUCAACCAAUAUCUUGUGUAGAACAGCCUUUGGAAAGAAGUAUGUUGGAGAAGUAGGUACCAAUUUCAAGCAACUUUUGAAGGAUUAUGUAGAGGUCAUUGGGAAGUUUAGUAUGGGAGAUAUUAUACCCUGGCUUGGUUGGAUUGAUCGACUCAGUGGUCUGGAAAGACGAGUGGACAAAGUUGCCAGAGAGUUUGAUGACUUUCUUCAACAUGUAGUCCAAGAACAUCUGGAUCGUAAGACUGAAAAAGAAGAGAAUGACAAGGAUUUUGUGGAUAUUUUACUGGAUGCUCAGAAGGAAAACCCAGCUGCUCUUCAAAUGGACAGCAUCAAAGCCAUUGUAUUGGAUAUGUUUGUUGCUGGGUCCGACACUACUUAUACAGUACUAGAGUGGGCAAUGACAGAGCUUUUGAGGCAUCCCCAAGUUAUGAAGCAACUGCAAGAUGAAGUAAGGGGAGUCGUUAGAGAAAAAACAAUAGUAUCUGAAGAUGAUUUGGAAACGAUGAAGUACUUGAAAGCAGUGAUCAAAGAGGUACUUAGGCUACAUCCUCCUCUCCCAUUGCUACUAUUUCGACAAACCUCACAGAACGUUAAAAUAAAUGGGUAUGACAUUGCUGCAAGGACACACGUAAUCAUCAAUGCAUGGGCAAUACAGAGAGACCCGGUUUAUUGGGAAAAUCCUGAAGAAUUCCGUCCAGAGAGGUUCCUCAACUGUUCAGUAGACUUUAAGGGGCAGGAUUUCCAAUUGAUCCCCUUUGGAGCAGGAAGAAGAGGUUGCCCGGGGAUAACCUUCUUUUCAGUCAAUGCUGAGCUUGUAUUAGCAAAUCUUGUUCACUUGUUUGAUUGGAAAUCAGCCAAUGAAGCAGAAGAUGAGACUUCAGAUGUGCCUGAAAACCCGGGCAUAGUAAUCAACAGAAGGGAUCCUCUUCUGGUCAUCGCAACUUUGCAUUCUUAAAAAUUGAGACUUGAAUCAUCAAGUGCACAAGAUAGUAGACCCAACUGCAUGCAUCAAAUUUCCAGUAAUAUCGGUUAUGUGUCUUAGCUUGUUUGAGUCGUGUAGAUGUUUUAUACUUUUGCAUGUUGAUUGUAAUCAUCUGUGGCAUAUAGCAAUAAGAAGCAAGCAUGCAACAAUGUUAUAUAAA